UCAUCCCCUCUCCCCCACUUUCUCUCACUUCCACGUACACACUCCUCUCCUGAGCUAUCACCAGCUACCUAAUCGCUUCGACAGUAGAGAGCUCCUCCUGUCAUUAUCGUUACAAUGGCUGCUCCUGAAAUUCAUCAUCUCUUCCAUAAUCCGAUCGCCGACCAUUCUUUCUCUCCCGACAAAUCAACACUUGCGGUUGCGCGAGAUAGCAAUGUGGAGCUCUACCAGAAAUCAGGUGCCAAGUUCUCACUGACUGAUGAGCUCAAAGGCCACGAGAAGACUGUGACCGGCGUGGACAUUGCUCCUAAUAGUGGCCGUAUUGUUACUUGCUCACAGGAUCGAAAUGCAUACGUAUGGGAGCGCACUCCAUCGGGCUGGAAGCCAACUCUCGUAUUACUCCGCAUAAACCGAGCAGCAACUUUCGUUAGAUGGUCGCCAUCGGAGCAGAAGUUCGCCGUUGGCUCAGGUGCCCGUGUAAUCGCUGUAUGUUAUUUCGAAGAGGAGAACGACUGGUGGAUCUCAAAGCACUUGAAGAAACCGAUUCGGAGCACUAUUACAACUCUCGCAUGGCAUCCGAACUCGGUGCUCUUGGCUGCAGGCUCCACCGACUCUCAUGCCAGAGUCUUCUCUAGCUUCAUCAAAGGCGUCGAUACACGUCCGGAGCCGAGUGCCUGGGGUGAGCGUCUGCCUUUUAACACCAUUUGCGGCGAGUUUUUGAAUGACUCCGCUGGCUGGAUCCAUGGAGUCUCAUUUUCUCCCAGUGGAAACGCCCUCGCAUUUACUGGCCAUGAUAGCAGCGUCACUGUCGUUUACCCGAGUGCCCCAGAACAGCCCCCUCGAGCGAUGCUGAACGUCACUACUCGUUUACUGCCAUUUACAAGUCUCAUUUGGAAUGGAGAGAACGAAAUUAUCGCUGCCGGUCACGAUUGUGAACCUUACCGUCUUCGCGGCGGCGAGAGUGGAUGGCAGCUUACAGGGACCAUAGAGAACAAGACAGGGCCAGGUGCCGGUACCGCGCGGGAAGAAUCCGCCCUGCACAUGUUCCGUCAGAUGGAUCUCAAGGGGCAGACUCAAGCUGAUAUUCAACUCAAGUCAACCCACCAGAAUACCAUCAGUACCGUGAGGGUGUAUGAGGAGACCGAUGGUGUUCUGCGCAAAUUCAGCAGACCGAAAGUCUAUCAUGGCCUCUCUUCCGCCGAACUUGAUUGGAUCUCGCUCAAUGAAGCUCAGCGGUCGAUUCCCAACAGCCUUUUCCUUGAACUGGACCAGCUCGCACGCGUGGUUGAUGUCUCUUACUGUGUCGGCAACACCGGGCUCCGAAAACCAUUCGAGUGUCUCAGUCACUGCGCCGACCUGGAAGGAUUCGAGUUGAUAUCAGUAUGGAAUACAGGACCUUUACUGUCGGACUCCUGCGGUUAUAUCGCCCUUUCUCAUCCGCCGUCACCAAAGAGGAUCAUCGUCGCUUUUCGUGGCACCUAUUCGAUCGCAAACACCAUAAUCGAUCUCUCCGCUUAUCCGCAAAGCUACGUCCCUUACGACCCGGGAAACGACACUGGUAAUGAAUCGGGGACGCUCCAUUGUGAAGAGUGCACCGUCCAUGCGGGGUUCAUGUCAUCCUGGCAGAACGCACGCUCGGUCGUCCUGGGCUAUGUCUCUGCCGCAAGGCUACAAUAUCCUGACUACGACCUGUCUCUAGUUGGCCACUCCCUAGGCGGAGCUGUCGCUGCCCUAGCUGGGGUGGAGAUGCAGCUACGGGGCUGGAAACCAACGGUGACAACGUUCGGAGAACCGAAGGUUGGAAACCAGGGUUUCGCCGAGUAUCUUGCCAGGUUGUUUGAACUACCAAGGGGAGCGGCAUCUGUUCCCGUCGAACGUUACAGAUUCCACCGUGUUACCCAUAUCAACGACCCUGUUCCGCUCUUGCCACUUGCGGAAUGGGGCUACGAAAUGCAUGCGGGAGAGCUCUUUAUCGCGAAAGAAGACCUUCCACCAUCAGUGUCUGAUGUCAGGGUCUGCGAGGGUGACAAGGACGAACGAUGCAUAUCCGGUGCGGACCACACUUUGAGGCUCGCACUUCGCGAAACGCCCACCCUUCUCGUACGACCACAGAGUGUCGAUGCGCCUCCUGAUUCGAAGGAACAACAGGCGCUGAUGCAUGUGUCUUCGCUUGAAGGUUAUAUCCUAAAAUCGCAGGAUAAGGGACAGUUUCGCCAUGAAACAUGGCGAAGAUUCCUGUGGCAUUUGAACCCACCGCGUUUGCAUUUAUGGGAGUUAAUGUUCUCUCAUCGAGACUACUUCUGGCGACUGGGGCUUUGUAUCCCGGGGGGUGACCCAACUGGCAAGGGGUGAUAACCGAUCGAUAUCGCUUGGGAGAAAAGCCAUUGCGUAUGUGACUCUUCAAAGGCGCAUGCUCUAUUUGUCAGGGAACAAACCUAGGAUGGUCGUGAGAAUUGACUACAUUGAGCGAUCUUACUGUACUCUCAAAUCGUGUCUCGUGCAGCAGGUUAGUCUUAGUUGAACCUUGAGACUAUAGUACAUCAUCAUACUUCAGAGUGG